CAUUUAUUCAUAUGUACUAGCAUUUCCCGCUGUCACAUCACUAGUUAUCAUAUCACAUCUCUAGUUCUGUCAAUGUCAUCGAUAGCAACUUGUCACUUUUAACUUGCUCUGGUCUACAACAUUGUGUCAACUGUGUCUGAAAUAAAACAAUAUAAAUUACUGUGCCAGUGAAGACUUUUUAUUAUAAAUAUAUAAACCCCCAAACAAUACAUGGUGUCAAGUGUGGGGUACAGAAAAAGCUGAGAAGAAAUACAUUAAAAUUGUCAAGAUGGACUCCGAUAAAGUCAAGCGGAUGUCUGCUGAGCAUGUGCCGCACAAGGUGAAGAUGGACUCCGACAAAGUCAAGCCGAUGUCUGCUGAGCAUGUGCCGCACAAUGUGAAUGCACUGCCAAUUCUGCACAUUUCGACGGAUGCACUAAAUAACAACGGUGAAGAGUGGAAGAAAUGGUGGCAGCAAUACGAGUUAUACUUGUUAGCAUCAGGGCUGGAUGCCACGUCAGAAAAAAGGAAAAUUGCCAUCAUGCUGCAUUCUAUGGGGGGCAAAGGGUCUUGGAUGUCUUCCGCCUGUCGUUCAUCUCAACCUCAACCCUGACGCUGUUCCGUGCGUUGAUCCACCGAGGAAAGUUCCGUUCGCCCUACUGAAGGAUCUCCGUGGCGAGCUGGAUCGCAUGGUGGAGAUGGAGGUCAUAGAAAAGGUCACUAAGCCUACUUCUUGGGUCAAUUCAGUGGUUGUAACUGUAAAAGAAUCAGGUCAGUUAAGAAUUUGUUUGGAUCCUAGACAUUUAAACAAGAGCAUAAUGAGAGAACAUUAUCCUUUAGUUAACAUAGAUGAAAUUAGGUCAAAACUUAAAGGUGCCGCAUAUUAUAGUCAUCUUGACGCAUUUUCAGGAUUUUGGUCUCUUAAAUUAGACAGUGAAAGUUCUGACU